AUGUUUUACUCUCAUCAGCUUUUAGCUCGAAAAGCUCCGUUAGGUCAGAUAUGGAUGGCUGCCACGUUGCACGCGAAGAUCAAUCGGAAGAAACUGAACAAGCUCGACAUCAUACAAAUCUGCGAAGAGAUUCUCAACCCGUCGGUUCCAAUGGCGCUCAGACUUUCAGGGAUUUUGAUGGGUAUUAACAAUCUAAGCUCAUCGGACUUUAUUUUUCUCUGUUCUUCGUAUUCUGGGUUUGAUGAUUCUCAGAGCCUUUGUGUUGAAAUUAAUGGAACUUGGCGCACAAAAGCUGUUCCGGAUCCUACUUUACUACCUAAAGGAAAAACCCACGCCAGGAAAGAGGCUGUUACUUUGCCUGAGAAGAACGAAGCUGAUUUUGGGGAUUUUGAACAGACUCGUAGUCAGUUACCCAAAUUUCCCAAUUUCAUGGAUUUUCAGCAGUCUUAUAUCUCCAUGCGGUUAGAUGAACCAAAUGUCAACGAUAUCCCCGAGCAGGAAGAUCUUGGACAGCAUUUCCAUCAAGCUGAUGCCGAGAAUAUCACACUCUUUGAGUAUCAUGCUUCAUAUCAGACUAACACUGAGACUUAUGAUCGUUUUGAAAGAUUUGACAUCGAAGGAGAUGAUGAAACUCAGUUGAACUUCAAUCCAAGUGAAGGCGCUCAAAUACCUCCAACUCUGAUCCCAUCACCACCUCGCCAUCAUGAUUUUCCUGAAGGAGGCAAUCCCACAAGCCCUCAGCUCCAGGAGCAACAAGAGCACGGCAGGGAUGCAUUUGCUGAGCAGACGGGGGAACAAAACAUACCGGCCAGAGAGGACCAAGAUAUACCACGGCCAACAAAGAGAAGAGUAAGAAGGACAGCUGCUUCAGCCAUGGAUUAUGAGCAGACAAUUAUCGCUGGUCCUCAAUACCAGUCAUGGCUCCAGGAUACUUCUAACAUCCUCCUAAGGGGAAAGAAGAGAAAGGCUCGAGGACCCGCCAGCUCAAGUAUUGAGGUUACCAAACGUAUGAAGCUGCCACCUACACAACUCUUUGAAGGGAAUGUGGACGGCUCUUACCCACCUCAGCUCAUGGAGCUUUGGUCAAAAUGCACUCAGCCUCUUCAAACCUCUACAUCUGAAACUGGACGUCCUGAUCUCUCGGCGGAGCAAUCUCCAGGGUUUGUCCAAGAGAGAAUGCAAAACAACCAUCAGACAGACCAUCAUCAGGGAACUGAGACAAGCUUCCAAAAUCUUGGUAGUCCCGCAGAAAGACUUAGGAACGCUCUUUCUGAGAAAGAUGGUUCAAUCGAAGGCCUGAUGGCUAAUAGAUCUCGAGCAAGCACUGAAAAUAUUAACCGUCAGGCUGGUGAUAUUAGCGUUACACCACUCUAUUCUGGAGAUGACGUGAGAUCAAUGCCUAGCAGCACACCAUCCGCACGAGGGGCAGCUUCCAUUAACGUAGAGAUCAACUCUAACAGUCGCAGGCUCAGCAGAAAAAGGCAACAUUCCUCACCAAAAAGAGGACUCGAACCAGUAGCGGAAGACAGAACGUGGGAGCACCGUGCUUAUGACUUUGAGUUUUCAAUGAUACCUGAAAAGGGCUUCACAGCUGAUAACGAAGUACUAGUUGAGACUGGACCUACACAAACUCAAAAGCCAGUGACCACUAACACAGACGAGAAGAUAACAGAUAGCAUCAAAAGUCACCUCAAGACGCACUUUGAAACACCUGGAGCACCUCAAGUGGAAUCUCUUAACAAGCUUGCUAUUGGAAUGAAAAGAAACGCUGCAGCUCAACUCUUCUACCAAUCUUGUGUGCUAGCCACUCGAGGAAUGAUAAAGGUGGAGCAAACACAGCCUUAUGGGGACAUUCUCAUUGCAAGAGGACCCAAUAUGUAA